AUGACUCGUCUCACGGACCCGGAGAAACGCAACAGGCAGCAAAAGGAGCUGGUGCGGAAUCGCGGCGGGAGUCUCAUGAGGAAGGCCGAGCAACUGGGGAGGCUUGGCGAGAUCUUUGUAUUUACCGUCUUCUAUGAUCCACUCUAUGGCUACGACGGCAUUGUCAACAUCCCCGAGGGCUUUGAAGAACCAAACAUCAAAAAAAUGGUAUGUGCUCAGGAUCACAAGCGUAUACAAAUGCUCCGCAAACAUCGACUAAGCACGGCGAUAGUACGAAAUGCUACGUGA